AGUAGUUUGUUGUAGAGGACAGUCAAAUGUUCGAUAUAAGAUGGCAGAACCCCGAGUGGAAAUUGAGUCCCUCCAUUUCUCUGUCGGUGUCUUGGGGAUUUCUGGGGGGUCUCUACUGCUGAUGGUGAACAACUAUGCCCAUGCGUCCGGAAACACCCUCAUUCCUGAUACCGCCCUCGGUGCGCUCCUUCUGAUCAUUGCAGUUCUGCUGGCUUACACAGGAGUUCGGCGAUGUUUGUCCCACACGCCACUUUUUGUUUCUCUUUGCCUGGCUGUAUCUGCUCUUUGGUUUGGCUCAGGGUUUGUGCACAUCCUAGCUGGAGUGGGGGUGAUCAACGACAGUGUAGAGCUCAGGGUGGCUCUGGUGCCAGGGCUAGCUGCUUGUGCUGUAGCUUUACUCAUUCUGGGCGCUGUGGGGGUCUUUCAGAAAGAGGUGGUCCUCUCCGUUACUGCGUUUGCCAUCAGCAUAGCUUGUGCCCACCAGAUUGUUUCACUUUACCAUGCCAGCUUUGGUCACGGUGCCACUGCUGCCAACUACCUCCUGGUGUGCUUGCUGGGGGCCUACUUUGGCAGUGGGCGUCUUCUUCGCUACAUCACCAAACGUAGGAUUCAGCUCCCUGGAACCGCCCUCCAGAAAAAGAGCAAGCUGACACCCUCCCAGGCUCAGGAGCGCAACGAUGCUGUGCUUGUGGGGCUGUUGAUGAACCUGCUCUCAGCAUGUGUGCUGGCCUGUCCGCUACUGGGUGUGGUGCCACACCUUUCAGUCGGUCUGGUGCCGUGGUUGUGGACAGCAGGCGUCUUCCAGUUGGGCGUGAGCAUCCUGUCUUACCGUGCCAUGGACACUCUGGCUGCCACUUUUUAUGGCUUCACCGCGGUUCUUAAAUUUGCAGAGGGGUACAGUGUCCUGCUGAGCAACUUUGGGCAGGUUCCCUACACCACCAAGCCAGUCCCCAUCGUGUUCUCCAUACUCUUCUUCUUCCUAGCCCUGUUCAGUACUCAGAAAAGCCUUAUGGAUGGGUUAUAUCAGCUAUUUUACGUGGCCUACUGCAUCGCCAUUGCAGCUCAGCCACGGGCAUUCUUCCAGAGUGGCGCGCAGGGUGUGCAAGCAGCAAUCUUCUUUGCAUCUGCCCUAAUGUUCUUGGUGAGUCUACACAACAUGGCUUCCCCGUGGAGGUUGCCUACAGGAGAAGGCCUGCUGAAGACUCUCCUCAGUCGCAACAGCCGAUUUGUGCUUCGGCCCCAUGACAAAGACCUGCAUGCCCCGUACUUGGGCUACUCCAAAUAUGCUGAUGCCGAGGUGCUAGGCUAUGCCUGCAGUGCGCUGUCGGCCUUUGCUGUCACGGCCACUGUGAGCCCUGAAGGGCCGCUCACUGUGCUGGUCCUACCCUGGGCUGUAGUGUGUGGUGGGUUCCUGCAACUGCUGUGUGGUUCGGUGGCCUUUGCCCGGGGUAAGACACUAGAGAGCACUGCCUUUACCUUGUAUGGAAUCAUGUGGACCGUGUGGGGCCUGAUGCGCUAUGGGGGUCUUUACGGCACGGAGCGUGGCUUCAAUGUUGCUGUUGGCAUAAUCUGCUUCAUUCUGUUCAACUGCUUUGUGACAGUUGGUGCCAUUUUCCUUAGCAAAGCUUGGUUUGCUUAUGCACUUACUUUUCAGCUCAUCAUCAUCAGCUUCCUACUAGAUGCAAUGAAUGCUUUGCCCGGAGGCUAUGACCUUGUGGUAACCAUUAUUUUUGGCAUGGUCAGCUUCUACUGCUUCUUUGCAAACCUUUUCAACAGUAAUUUCCAGACCCCACAGAUACCCCUGGGUGACCCAUUCAUCAAGUUGAGUGGCUUUGGUGGUGGUAGGGACAGUUGUCCACAUGUGCCAGCCAGGAAGGCUACCGCUGUACAGCAAAUUGCAGAUAUUCUGAAAAAUGGUGGAACGUGUGGGAUGCCGACAGACACUGUUUAUGUGCUUGUGGCAGCUUGCAAUCGACCUGAUGCGGUAGAGAAGGCUUACAGAGCCAAGGUGCACGCCCAGGAUCGCCCCAUGUCUCUUUGGAUUUCCAGCAUAAAGCAGCUGGAACCAGCUAAACACCUGAUCAACCCUGUUCUCUGGGACUUUAUGGAAGCUGCUUGGCCAUCCUCCAUCAGCAUGGUCAUCCCCAGAGGCCCUUGGAUGGAUUGCUUUGGACUGGGAGGUUCAGCAAAGUACAUUGGCACUCCGCAGAGUAUUGCCAUCCGAAACCCAGACUGCACCGUUGCCACACACCUCAUGGAUCUGGUGGGGCCCAUUGCUACAAUGUCCGCAAAUCCUACAGGAGAGGCUGAUACAACACAUCACAACCAGGUUUAUGCAAAGUUGGGGGAUAAGGUGGAUGGAGUGCUUUGCGAUGGCCCUUCUCCUGAGAAUAUUGCUUCCACAGUAGUAGACUGCACAAAAAUCGAAAGCGGUCGUAUUGGUUUUUUCCGAGUGGGCGUCAUUCCAAAAUCACAGGUGUUGCAGAUAUUUGAUGAAGUGCAGAAGAAACACAUUGUGGGCCAGGUGAACCCUACCUUCAUACCAGAUGUUCCAGAAGUCAAUGUGGAGAUAUAUCCUGAGACACAGGAAGUCACCCAGGCAUCAGCCAGCAACUCCCAUGCACUGGCCCCAGUCAAAGAAGAAGAUGAGCCGGUGUAGUUCAGCCCUGGAGAAACAACAUUAUAAAUCUUAUUAAAAAAUGUGUAAUAUUAAUUUUAAUGUGAAACAUUGCCUGCUCAGGCAUUAGAUGGGUAUGUUUAGGAAGUUAAUGAUUUUUUUGAUAUCCUAACUUUGUCGUAGUGCAAUAUAUCAAUGGUUCUGCUUCUGCCGGUGGUGAUAGAGUUGGGGUGAAGAGGUUUUGACUUUAAUCGAUGAAAGAAUACAAUUAUAAUUGAAUACCUAAUAUUUUAAUUAAAUUAAUUGGAUCAACAAUCCUAGAAUAUGAAUAAAUCCCUUGCAC